AUAAGAGAGCGUAAUCUAUGAGGAUUUGAUACUUUGAAUUACAAAUUAAAAAUAAAAUAAGUGUAUCUUUUAUAAGAUUAAUUUUUUAUCGACUUUUAUAGUUCUUUCUUUUCCAGUUUUUCUCAUAUUGCUUACAAUAAAAAUUAUUAGAAUUAAAAAUAAUAAUGGAUCAAUAUAUUUGUAAUAAAUGUUAUUGCACGCACAGUGAAAAAGAUGUUAACUUUAGAUUGACUCAAUGCGGACACAUUUUUUGUUAUAACUGCAUAAGAGAAGUUAAGGACAAAUGUCCUGAAUGUAAGUCUACAAAAGUUGCAACCAUCUCACUUACAGAACCUCUAAUGCCAGAAGUAUCACGAUUUUUUGCACCAUUGAACGAUAUUUUAACGUCAAUAAAGUCUAUAACAAUUUUUCAAUCAGAACAGAUCAAUAUAAUUUUGCAAUGUUUUUAUCAACUAAAUGAUAAAUACGAAAUUUUAAAGAAUCGUUACAUCGAUGCUGUUCGAAAUGAAAAACGAAUUACUUAUGAGUAUUAUAAUCUGAAGAAACAUUUUGAAAAUUUAAAUAAACAACUUAUAUAUAUGAAAAUGCAUAGUACAAACAAUAAAGCGAUUACUGCGACACCAUCUUUAACGAAUAAUAAAUAUAUUACUGCUCCAUACUCAAAAAACAAAAUGUAUGAUACUUUUAUGACCAAAUCAAGUUGUUCGAGAUUUACCAAGCCAUUUAGAACAAGUACUUUUACGUUGCAAAGGUCAAUCAACAAUAGUUCUAUUUCUAUCUCUGAUAAGAGUUCUUUGUAAGUGAAUGAUAAAAAAUCAAGCAAGAGUAGAUCUUUCGAGUUGAUAUCUUAUAUUAUUUCUCUCUUCCUUACUAUAUCAUACAAUUGAAUGGAUUUGUUGUAUUAUUCACAACUGCUAUAUUUGUUCAUUUAUCGUCACAGUAAGAUUGCAACAUUAAUACAAUAAUAUAGCAUAAUUAUUUUUAAAUUCUAUUCAGGUUUAUGUUUGAUUUGUGCUAUGAUAAAUUUAUUAUGAAAUAAAAGGAGACAAAAGUUUCAUGAUUUUAAGUUAUCCAAAAAAAAAAAUUAUAUUGAUAAUAAUAUUGCUGAAUCAA